AUGCGCAGAUCAAAUUCACGUAACUUUUCUGCAUUUCUCAUUUUCUUUGCAUUCCUGUCCUGUUUCGCAUACUCUGUUUCUGCCGCCUCGUCACCUGCGGCACCUUCUCCAUCAGCAGAGGGCGAGUUGAUAUGCCACACCGAUAACCCAGCAGAUUGCUAUCCCAAGGUUUUUUCUGCCACGGAUGAGUUCCAGGUUGUCCAUGAUGAUCAGGAUCUCCCGACGGGUCUGCACGUGAGGAUGGACAUUUAUUCCGGAAAGAAGGAAGCAAAACUGUACACACCCGACUCGGACGAUCCGGCCCUGGAAGGACUGCCCGUGGAACAGUCAAUCUUGGUGGUAGACCCCGAACCCGUCGAAGAUGAUGUGCCGCGGAUACCCAAGGGAGCACCAAUCUACGAGCCUGUCGGCGCCGUGAAGGAACCGCAGGUCCAGGAUCCGGAUUUCACGGCCGCGCUGGACUUUUUGAAAGAGCACGCAGAGACGGCACCAAACGACCAAAAGCACCCGUUGGAUGAUGCAUUGGUGGACCUGGAGGACAUUUCCCACGACAUGUACUAUGGCAAGAAGAUUAUUGAAGACGAAGACGCAGUCAAGAGUCUCUUUUGUCUCCUGACCCAGCAUGAUGCGGCAGGAAUGGAUCGGGAAGCUGCCGAGCAGCGGGAUUUCCUGGCGUCUUCCAUCUUGUCUUCGUCGUUGCAGAACAACCCGCCGGCAUUGCGCCAUUUGGAGAACUACUGGGAGAAUCUGAUGGAUUCUCAGUGUGCAGCUCACGAGAAGCCCUUGAAAGACAUUGUCUUUAGCGGUCUGGAGCCCUCGAUGCAGACCGACACCGACCAAGCUAUGGAGGCAGUCUGGACUCAGAGACUUCUUCCCGUUGUGGGUAGACUAUUGAAGAGCGAUACAAUCCGGCCCAAAUUCAUGGACGCGGACGGCAUGAAGCAUCUCUUACAGAUUCUCCUGAAGAAGGGAGAUGCGUGGAAAGCAUCCAGAGCCCGGGUUAGCCGAAUUGUGUCGGAUACGUUCUUGGAUGCCACCUUGGGGGCCAGGACGGAUUUAUGGCCUCUUGAGCCCGUCAGCGACGCGGCCACCUGCGAAAAGGACAGCUCCAUGUUAGAAGAAGGCUGUUGGGAGUUUCACCUCGAGCAUAUCAUUCAAGAGACGGAUGCGGAAUGGGCGCGCGACCUUUUGGCCAUGCUCAGUGCAGCAAGAUCAGAUUCAGGACGUGUUGUCAGAGAUGAGCUGUAA